AUGGAGGACAUCAAUAUGGCUUCCUUGCUGAAGUCGAGAAGUCAGGAAAAUGACGUGCUAUUUUCGGAAGCGCUGGUACUUCUCGAGUCAAUGAACUCAUCCCCUUCCUGCAAUCGGAUGGCAGUUUCAAAGCUAGUUGCAUCCUGCGAAUCCAUCAGCGGCAGGCCCGAAUCAGCGGAUAGCAGUACAUUCGUGACACUAGAACACGUUCGAUCACUCUAUGCAGCCAGGCUUGCCAUUUGCGAACUCAACGAAGCGGGAGCAGUCGUUCCCACUCCAUGCCUUUCUAUAACAGUUCGGUUGCCCCAGAAGAAAGGGAUUUUCGGGCUCUCGACUAACUACAGACCCCGCUUCAAUGCUGCGGAGUCCGUAUCCAAAGGGCAGCUAGAGACAUGCCUCAAGUCACUAGAGUCACGACCGCAGUGGUGGACUUCAUAUAGCAACAGUAGACAGAAUGCCGUGGUAAUAUGCCAGGCUGCUAGGUUUGAAAGCGAAAGGGAGGAGCUCCUGGAACUCCAUAGGUCCAUAAUACAAAGUUCCGUCAAACUUGAUCAUGGCCUCCAGGAAACUUUGGAGGCGGCUGCAGCUGGAUCCUCUCGUUAUAAAGAAUUCGUGCAAGCAGUUGAAGACAUGAGAAACAGACUGGUAUCUGACCUGGAAGAGACAGAGUCGCACUUCAAAACUACGUUGUCGAGAUUACUUCGUGACAUGGAAGCUUAUGUUAGCUCAGUCAUAGAGCCUGUUGCUUCUGCUAUAGGGAGUCUGCAUGGCAAGACAACGUUGCUUGACAUGACUAUUGGGAAUGCCACAAACGUCGCCGACCAUCUUCAAAAGCUCCUGCAAACUUUACACAAUGAGACUCUGGCAAGAAAUAAACAGAUGGCGGCAGCUCAGCAGCAGGAUGUUCUAACAAGCAAUGAGCUGACUUUGUCUUUCCAGUCAAGCCUGAAAAGGCUUAUACAAGACGACAUGGCCAGGCUGUCUCACAGCGUAGAGAGCUUUGAUUCUUCUUUGGAAUGGCUUUCUGCAAAGUUUGUACAGAUACUGCAACAAGAGGAGAGUAUCUCGGAGCGCCUAAAUGGCCUCGAAGUUGCCGUUGCUGAGUCUCAGGCAAUAGCUGAAGAGCUACACAGAGCCCAGCUGCAACAUAACGCAGCAAUGCAGGGGCAUUCUCAACUACAAGAACACCUGCAGACGAAUAUGCGAAUCUCCCAAGCGCUCCUUGAGAAAACAAUUGCUGCUGCUGCCAAUUUGCAAGCGAUGGUUGACGACACCGCAACCAGAUACAAGGAAAUACCUGCUUUCAGAAGCUUUCUGGGCUCAUACCCUGCAGGGACCGUAUAUAGUCUCUUGGUCGGAUUGAUUGGCGCCCAGAGCCCGCGGCUUGCCGUAGUAAUGCUUGUAAUCGGUAUUUGUAUGCACACCCCCUCAUUGUGCCGAGCAUAUCACUAA